GAGGAAGCAGAGAAAAAUAAGUUGCUCCUUUAAGAAAGCUGUGGGCUUGGAUCAGAUCGACUACUCAGCACUCUGGUUUUUACACUGGCUCCUAAUUUGGGAUUUAUUUAGAAUCAGUAGAGGGACUGUGGAACGUUACCUUGAUUGGGAAGGGAUUUGGAAAUUCUGUUUACUUUUAUAUCAAACCAGCAACAUGUCUGACUCCAAGGUUACUGCUCACUUGGACGGAAUUAUCUCGGACUUUGAAGCUCUAAAGAGGUCAUUUGAGGUGGAGGAUGUGGACACCUCGGCCAACUCCUCGCCAGGCUCCCGCCGGGUACCCAACAACACCAACCACCGCCCCGUCAUGUCCCCCACCAGCAUCUACUACCGUGAACUGGGCGCCAGCAAUAACAACAACGGCUCCAUCUCCAAGACCAUCAUGGGAGGGGGAAGCUCCAAGCCUCCUGAACCCAUAUCCCGGGGGCGCACGGAGCUCUCCAUCGACAUUUCCUCCAAGCAGGUAGAUCCAACCAGCCCUGGUUCCCUCCGAUUCGGAGCAAAACGACCUGAGGUUCUAGGCCACUCCAAGACGCCCGAGAUGGGCCACAAACGGGAGGUGGCCUUCUCUAAAACGCCCCAGGAGGUGGUGAUUCGCACAGGGGCCCGGACCCCCGAGCCACCCAGCCAUGCCCGGAGGAUCGAGCCCCUCAGUCUGGGGGACGGCCCGGCCGUGAGGACCACACCAGGGAUCAGCGUCACCAAAGCACCCGAGACAACGGGGAAUGGAAAGAACAACCACGAAAACCAUGGUCAUCAUGCACCAGUCCACCACCCGCACCACCCCAACCCCCAACACAACACCAUCGUCACCACCAUCCGCUGCUCCUCGCCCAACCGCACCAAGUCCCCAAACCCUGACAGGUCAGAGGUCAAUCCGAGCCACAGCAACAUGUCCGCCCCACCACAUCCGCAACCCCCUGCCAAGGGAGCGUCACAUGCCGCUGGCGACUUCAGCUACGUGGGCAUCGAUGCCAUCCUGGAGCAGAUGAGGAGGAAGGCCAUGAAACAGGGCUUUGAGCUCAACAUCAUGAUCGUCGGUCAGAGUGGUCUGGGGAAGUCGACCCUGAUGAACACCCUGUUCAAGUCUAAGGUCAGCAGGAAGUCUGUGGUGUCCACCCCCGAGGAGAGGAUCCCCAAGACCAUCGAGAUCAAGUCCAUCAGUCACGACAUCGAAGAGAAGGGCGUGAGGAUGAAACUAACGGUAAUCGACACUCCCGGCUUUGGGGACCACAUCAACAACGAGAACUGCUGGCAGCCAAUCAUGAAGUUCAUCAAUGACCAGUAUGAGCAGUACCUGCAGGAGGAGAUCAACAUCGACAGGAAGAAGAGGAUCCCAGACUCACGGGUUCACUGCUGCAUGUACUUCAUACCACCUACUGGACACUGUCUGAGGCCCCUGGAUGUGGAGUUUAUGAGUCGUCUGAGUAAAGUGGUCAACAUAGUCCCUGUCAUCGCCAAGGCAGACACACUCACCCUGGAGGAGAGGGACUUCUUCAAACAGACGAUCAGGGAAGGACUGCGAGCCAACGGGAUCGACGUCUACCCUCAGAAAGAGUUUGACGAGGAUGCUGAUGACAGGAUGAUUAAUGAUAAGAUCAGGGAGAUGAUCCCAUUUGCUGUGGUGGGGAGCAACCAGGAGUACCAGGUCAAUGGAAAGAGGCUUCUGGGCAGAAAAACUAAGUGGGGAACCAUAGAAGUUGAGAACAUUGCACACUGUGAGUUUGCUUACCUGCGAGACCUUCUCAUCAGGACCCACAUGCAGAACAUCAAGGACAUCACCAGUAGCAUCCACUACGAGGUGUACCGUGUCCGCAGGCUAAACGAGACCAACGGCCAGCCCAACGCCCAGCCACCCAACACACUGGUCAACCCACAGCAGGCCAACGGGGUGGCAGCACAGCACCAAGUCCUGACCCAUGAGAUGUAGAUGUCUGACCAUCUGCAGACAAAUACACACACACACACACACACACCCCUAUAUAUAUCUUUAAUGGCUGGCAACUGUGACAAACCACAUGCAAACACACCACGUGACACACACACACCCAUCCUAACUGGCUGACAUGGAUUGUACACACUCCAAAGAGGAUUCCAAUAUCACGUAUAUAAUGAUUCAUACAUGAUCAACUGCCAAGGUCAGAGCUGUUGGGUAAACAGUACAGGAUGUCCCAUAGGGAGAUUAUAGCAUAGAGAUGUGUACAGACCAGCUAUCGAAGUAUAGCACAUCAAUUAGCUCAACUAUAAAUAACUGGUCGGAAUGACCUGUUCUACGUUUGGGUUGUGUUGUCUAGAUAUUGGAGAUAUUAGGAGGUAGGGUUUAGGUUCUUUGUAUAUUUUUGGACACAUCUGCACUGCCCCGAAAAGCAGCAAUGCAGUGUGGAGCAGCUUUGAAAUCCCUUUUUGUCUUUUUCCAUUGCGUUUCCAUAUGUUUCAGACCUCUUACCAAACCAUCCUGUCUGCCAAUGUUGUAUCUUGUGAAACGUAUCAUGUUCAUUCAUACAGUGCAUUUUACAUUUACUGUUGUGUUCUAAUAUUAUUGUAUUGUUGUCUGGAUGCAGGGAACAGACAUCCCUAUGCUCUCCGAACUUUCUCUAAACCAAAUCAAUGUCCUUUCUGUUUUAAAGAGAAGCCAAAUAUAUAGAAUUGAUUUAUAAAUAGAUAUUUAUGCUUGUUAUGUAUUCCCGUUAUAAUUGAGUUACAUAUUCAUAUAGCCUACCAGUCGACCUACGCACUCCCGUUGUUCUCCGAGAGGAUGGAAAAUCUACAGAGAUCCGCUUUGGUUGUAUUUUUCUUGCAAUCAUGCAUUGUCUCCCGUGUAUUUGUAGAGAAUUCUAUGAAUCUAGAUUUACAUUGUAUUUUUGGACAUGAUACAGAAUAGGACUACAGGUAGGUUGAAUAUGUAGCCUACAUACACCGCUUGUAAUAAUAUUUAGUAACCUGAGAGUUUUGCUUUCCCGGUGUAGUCAAUGUUUAACUCCCUUAUCUUCCCUACUAAACAUUUAUUCCAAAUAGUCAUACAUGUGCCAUUCAGACAAACACAAUUCUUCACUCCGCCAAAAAGUCAUGGACAGAGGUCAAAACCAAGAGUACUAUUCAUUCAGCAAUGUAGCUUUACGUAACAUAAACCAUUACAAAAGGUAAUACAAUGUUUACUGUUGUAUAGUUAUUGUGUCAUUUGUUAUAGUAUGAUGAGAGUAUGGUUUAUCUUUGAUAUGCUAUGUCAAAUAAAUAAAGAUUGAUAUUUUUAUUGUUCACAA